AUGUUUCUCCUGACGAAAGAAUUGAUCAAGGUGCAUGAAACGAAUGCACGUGAUCAAUCAAUCAAUAGUCACACGUCUUCGUCGUCGUUACCCCUGAUGGCGCUGUUCCGGUGGUGGCACAAAUCCACGUCCAACACCGGUGGAAAAUCGCGUGCCAUCGUUGCUGAGACGAUUGCCGAUGUCGCUUCCGGCGAUGAUGGCGUAGCUUUUGAUGACGACCAUCGUCUCAAUCUGUCGUCAUCGACGUCCAGCCCCUGCCUUUCGGCUGUUCUUGGUACGCCGUCCGUCGCUGACCGACGUAUCCUUCGGCGAAGUCGUAAAACAUCGUCGGCCACCGUUGUCCCUGCCGCAGCGAUACCUGCUGCCGAAUCAUCGGCGAUCGCUUCCGAUCUCAGGUACUUUGCUCGUUUGUUCGUAAACUGUAGCUGCUUUUAG